CCAUCCCAAACAGGUAAAACAGAUUAGAUAAAAUGGGUUAGCUCAAAAUUGCCGCAACCUACGCAACUCGCGUCCACCCCACUCCUCCAGUGUCCAGUCUCAGUUCCAGUCCCUCGAGUCUUCGUUUCGACUGUUUUCCCUUCCCCGGCUGAAGACUGAAGUCUUCUGUUUCCCCACACAGAAACAUGGCUGCCGCUCCCUCGCUCUUCUACUUUCUCCUUGCUCUGGUGACGGCUUCCCUCUUCUUGUCAGUUGAAGCCGGCCUCAUACUCGAAGAUGGGUACACCGUAACCACCGUGAUCGAUGGACACGAUCUCAACAUAAACCCUUAUCACGUCCUGCCUCUUCCCCACUCAUCCGAUCUUGUCGUCCUCAAUUAUGCCACCGGCGUCUUCUACUCGGCCGCGUUUCCAACUUCUUCGAAGGAGGUUGUGCUGAGGCCGCUCGCCGGAGAUGGGAAGUUAGGGUUCUCGGAUGGGGAGUUGGGUUCGGCUCAGUUUAAUAAACCUAAGAACUUCGCCGUUGAUCUCAAAGGCAAUGUUUAUGUUGCUGAUAAGGCCAACCAUGCCAUCAGGAAGAUAAGUAGCUCUGGCGUCACUACAAUCGCUGGAGGGUACUCCAAUAAAAUAGGUAACAAGGAUGGCCCCGCGCAGAAUGCAACUUUCUCAAAUGAUUUCGAGCUGGUUUUCGUGGCUCAGCAAUGUGCGCUGCUGGUGGCUGAUCAUGGAAACCAACUGGUUCGCCAGAUUACUUUGAAGUCUGAAGAUUGCACCACAGCUUCUCCAGCCUCACAGGGGUUAGGCGCUGCCCCAUGGUGGAUUCUAGGACUGGCUCUAUCAUGUGUAUUUGGCAUCGCUGUUGGUUUUGCGAUUCGCCCUUAUGUCCUCCCACGUCUAAGGGGACGUCCCAGCAACAACCCCUUCUGGUUCAGCAAGACAUGGAAGCUUUGGAUAAUCAAUCUGGUGAAAGAAGCUUGGACUCUCUGCUCCGACAUCAGAAACGGAGCUGCUAGUGUGAAGCUAUAUGCUCUCUUGAGGAGGCUGCUACUGUUGAGCCUGUCUCAUGUUUCACUAAUGUUUAGGAUUAACAACCCUGUAGGUUCACCUCCCACUCCCAGCAAGGAUUUUGUCUCCCUAAUUGAUUCUGAUAUGAGUAACAGCAGCAGUUCAGCAAAGUCGGAUGUUUUUGCUAGUGAGUUGAAGGAGCUGAUGCCUUCUGAUAAUAGUCGGCUAUUAUCAACCACAGACGAAGAUACCUUCAAGUUCGGAGAAGCGGAUGACACAAAGACAAUAUCUGUAGCAGGGGGGAUAGAUAGUAUGAUUGAAGCUAACAUCAGAGGGUUUGCUUUCUCAAUGAAGGAACCAGCUCUGCUGGAAGGGUCUGUGGUAGGAAAUUUGGGUUUAAUUAAGAGGAGAUGAAGCAGUUAGUGAAUGUUCCAUCACUUUGCUCUUGCUGGUGUCUGUGUAAGUAAAAAGCUUGUUGUUUCUCCUUUGAGUGGAAUGGUAAUAAAAUGUUUAUCCUAGUAUUAUUUCUCA